CCGCUCGGUGAUCGACUAGUCUUGUCGGUAACCCGCAGCUUCUUACAGUGUUAGCGGCGUUAGCAUCCCUGCAGUCUCUACUUAUACAGAACUACUUGCUACUAUCAACAACUGCCGCCCUCAGACUCGACAUGUCCACAGCGCUGGAGACCUACAUCAACCGGACCGUCGCCAUUGUGACCUCGGACGGCAGGAUGAUCGUGGGCACGCUGAAGGGUUUUGACCAGACCAUCAACCUGAUCCUGGAUGAGAGCCAUGAGCGUGUGUUCAGCUCCUCUCAGGGGGUGGAGCAGGUGGUGCUGGGGCUCUACAUCGUCAGGGGCGACAACGUGGCGGUGAUCGGAGAGGUGGAUGAGGAGACGGACUCUACAUUGGACCUCGGCAACAUAAGGGCUGAGCCACUCAACUCCGUGGCCCAUUGACCCCCCCCCCCUUUAACCUUUGACCUCUCCUGAGGUGUGUAUGUGUGUGUGUUUUUGAAUGUUUUCUUUUAUAAAUAAAGUUGAGGAUUUGA